AGUUCCAGAUAGUUGGUAGGUUGCACUUCUUGAACUGUGAGAUCUUUGUCAUGUAUGGUGUAUGUCCCAUUUGAUUGAAUGUAGCAAUCAGUAUUUAUGUAGAUGGUAUAACAAACUGACCUGAGGAGGGUAACCCUAGAAGACGAGCAAAAAUAGGCUUAGAAAGUUGUACAACUUUUCCACCAGUAACUUCAAAAGAUACGACAUCCUUGGCUUUGUUAUACUUUGCAGAAGAGAAUGCUAGACUCAGUAACUUCAAUGGAACAUCCUUUGAAGCAGUCAAUGCCUUAGAUAGAGCAGAAUGAGGAAGGCAUUCAACGAUAAUUCCAAGAGCAGCAGGAUAAUGAGAGGAAUCGAGAUCAGCCAAAAGAUUGCUCGAUUGAACAGUUAGGGUUGGAAUUGAGGAUAUUAUCAUCUCACCAAAACAGAUUUGAUCAGAAGGAGCACAAAGGUUUAAAAGUUCAGACAGAUUUGAGAGAAAGAUGGUUUGAAAGGGAUAAAGUUUGAAAAAAGAGAGGGAAAAGGGUUAAACCGUAGCUUCGCACUUUCUUUGAACACAGAAGCAAAAGAAAAGCAACAGGUUUUUACCUUGGAUUUCUUCGAGGUCUGGAAUCCAUUAAACGAUUCCGGUAAUUGAUAUCCAUUGAAUUCACCAAUUUAGCACUUGGACGCAAGGUGAGGAACAGCAAGAUAAAAAAAAAGUCACCAAGAAAAAAAAAAACAAAAUAAAUAAAAAGCACGAGAGGAAAGAAAGGAAAAUGAAAGUAAAACAAAAUUUUAUUUAGAGGGUGUUUGGAUAGGGAAAAAAAUGCCAGCUUAUUGCUUAUUGCUUAUUCUCACAGCAAUAAGCUAAUUUAAGUGUUUGGAUAAGAUGCUUAAAAAAUCAGCUUAUUGUGGUGGGAAUAAGCUAAAUAAGCUGAUUUUAAUAAGCAAGGGGGGUAAUGCUUAUUGCUUAUUGCUUAAUUUUACUGAUUUCAAAAAUUACACAAGUACCCUUCAAACCAACGACACAAACCCAUAACCCUCGUCGCUCAAUCGUUCAUUUGUUGAAGUCGAUAGCUAUUCCCACUGUGCUGCCAUCGCCGAUCUUCAAGCAAGCAUCCAUCAACAAUCAAUCGGUAAUGGACACUAUCAAUGUUCAUGAUGUGGAUAUUGAUACACCCAAAAUGAAAGUUCCAAAUAGGUUUCAUUGGGAUCCUCAUACAUUCAAGAUAUUUCUUGAGGAAUGUAUGACUGAGCUAAAUAACGGGAAUAUGACAGAUACUUAUUUCAAACAAGCGGCGUGCCAAAAUAUAUGUAAGAGGCUUUUGGAACGAACGGGUAAAGAGUUGGACAGAAAUCAAAUGAAAAACAAAUGGGACAUAAUGCGGAAAGAGUUCAAAUAUUAUGACCGUUUAACAAGACUAGAAACGGGAAUUUCAACUGAUCCCACGAAAAAUAUAAUCUCAGCAUCAAAGGAAUGGUGGGAUGAAAAAAUAAAGGAAGAUAAAGAGUAUGCUAAGUUUAAGGAUAAGAAUUUGGAGGUGUAUCAGACAUAUUAUGAGGCUUUAUUUCGGGAUACUGUAGCUGUUGGAGACAAGGCUAAGGUACCUUGCGAAAUUGGCACCGGUAGCACUCCGGUUGAUGUACAAUAUGUGGAUAUUACGGAUGAAAAAAUGGAUACUGACGGAGUCAGCUUAUUUGAAGAUGUUGAUCCUUUUCUCACAUAUGAUAGUUCUAGUAUGAAAAGGAAGGGAAAGAAGUUAACUCCCAGGCGUGACAACAAAAGAAAAUUUUGAAGGGAAUAAUGAAGGAAAAAACGAAGGGAAAAGUAUGGCAAACUUGUCAUAUGAAGAGAAACUAGACACUAUUUUUGAUGUUUUGUUAACAAGGAGCACUCAACCCUCUAGACAAACCAUACAGUCACCCACAACAGAAGAUUGCAUGGCAAUUGUCUCUACUUUCCCGGGUUUUGAAGAAGCGUCAAUAGGAUAUUUAGAAGCGUUAGAGGUCUUUUUAAAGAAACCAGCUCGUCAGAAUUUUAUGGUUCCAAAAACUAAUGAAACAAAGAUGGAGUUUCUCAAGAGGCUUAUAGAGAAAGAGAAGUAGCUGAAGACUUUAAACAAUCGUUAAAACUUUUGUGGUCAAUUUUGCCCUUGUCCUAUGACUUUGUUUUUGUUUCUUUUUCAAUGAUUUUAUGUAUUAGGAAGACUUUAAACGGUUUUCAUGUGUUAGACCUAUCCUUUCAACUAUUAUGUUACAUUUAAACGGUUGUUUUGCAUUUGUUUCCUUUUCAAUGAUUUUAUGCAAUGUCGCUUGAUAUU